AUGUCACAAGAUCAAGGCCGACACUACUCGCAACUCGCGUUCAUCAAGGAUCACAUGUUUGCUUCCUUCUCCGCGCCCAAGGUCGACCUCACUGGCCGGACGGUGCUCGUUACGGGUGGGAACACGGGUCUGGGAUAUGCGGCCGUACUCCACUUCGCCCGGUCAAACGCCUCGCGGAUCAUCAUCACCUCCCGCUCCCUCCAGCGCGCCCAAGCCGCCGCCGAGCAGGUACACAAGGACGUCCCCUCCUACCGCGGCAUCGUCGACGUGAUGAGGCUCGACCUCGCCAGCUGGUCCAGCACCAUCGCCUUCUGCAAGGCACUCAACAGUGACCCGGGCCGGCUCGACAUCAUCGUCGCCAACGCGGGCGUCAAGACCGAUACCUACCAGCAGACGGCGGACGGGUACGAGGGGGCGUUACAGAUCAAUGGGCUGGCGACGGCUCUGAUGUGCUUGUUGUGCCUGCCGAAGCUGGGGGAGACGGCGGGUAUGGAGGUCCCGGCGGGUAGUAAGGGAAUGAAGCCUACGUUGACUAUCGUGGCGAGCGAUGUUCACCACUGGGCCAAGUUUCCUCAAGCCAAUGCUCCCGGAUCGCUCAUCGAGGCCCUCAACGACCCCGACCAGUUCAUCUCCUUCGACGAGCGGUACAACGUCUCCAAGCUGCUCAGCAUUUACAAUGCCCGCGAAAUCGCCAAGCUCCCAGCUGUCACGUCUGGUAAGGUACUCGUCAACUCUGUCGGUCCGGGUAUGGUCGUAUCAGCGCUCAGGGACGGCAUGGGCCCCUUCACCGCCUGGCUCAUCAACGCCAUGUCAUGGUCGGCCGAGAAGGGUACUCGCAACUUUCUCUGGGCGGCCACUCAGCCGACCGCUCCCGGCGCAUACGUCACGCACUGCAAGGAGACCCCGCCGUCCUUGUUCAUCGUCUCGGCCAAGGGGAAGAAGACUCAGGAGAAGUACUGGAGGGAGUGUCUUGCGAUCUUUAGGCAGCUGGGCGGGAGAGGAGCUGGACAGGGUGCUUUAGACAUUGAUGAUCGGGAGCGGCAUGCAUUCAGAUGGUAG